AUGACGGAAACAGCCGAGCAUGCUUUCGCCAUCGCCGUUUCGGACUCCGAGCUCGAUGCGCUGCGCGAAAAGCUGGCCCUCUCCCGUCUGCCCGACGAACUAGAUGAAGCAGGAUGGGACUAUGGUGUUCCACUUGCUGAUGUCCGCCGCUUGCUCGCCAGAUGGCAACAUGGCUACGACUGGCGUGAACAUGAGCGGCAAAUCAACGAAGAGCUGCCCCAAUUCACGCGGGACAUCGAUAUAGACGGGCAGGGGACGCUAAACAUCCACUAUGUCCACCAACGAAGCGCGCGAGCGGAUGCCAUUCCGCUCUUAUUCGUUCAUGGUUGGCCGGGAAACUUCCUUGAAGUACGCAAAAUCCUCCCCUUACUUGUCGAGGCUCCACCAGAGCAUCCCACAUUCCAUGUGGUUGCAAUUAGCCUGCCCGGAUAUGGGUUCUCCCAAGCGCCGAAAAAGAAAGGGUUUCAGCGCGACCAGUAUGCGGAGGUCUGCCACAAGCUCAUGCUAGCGCUGGGAUACAAUGGAUAUGUGACGCAGGGCGGCGAUCUUGGCUUUGGAAUAACACGGAGGAUCGCCCACAAUUAUGGAGGAAAGCAUAGCAAAGCAUGGCAUACAAAUUUUCCAAUAGCUUCACCUCCGACUUUCCGCGCCCAUCCGAUUGCCUACCUUCAGUCGCUCAUAACGCCAUUCACUGACGUCGAGAAGGCGGGGCGGGAGAGGACAAAAUGGUUUUCCACAAAGGGCAUAGGCUACAUGAGGCAACAAUCUACCAAACCCCAAACACUUGGCUACGCACUCUCCGAUUCGCCUGUCGGCCUGCUUGCGUGGAUAUACGAAAAGCUCGUCGAAUGGUCCGAUUCUUAUACCUGGGACGAUGACGAAGUUCUGACUUGGAUAUCGUCCUACUACUUUUCCCGUUCUGGGCCAGCAGCGACUCUCCGUGUCUACUUCGAGAAUGCCGCAGGCGACCAAGCUGACACGCGCUUCAAAGAUCCCGCCAACGUUCCUUCAAUUCCAAUGGGCAUCUCCUUCUUCCCGAAAGAGCUUGCUCCCGCGCCGCGUUUAUGGGCCCGCCUACUUGGCAACGUUGUCUUCGAAGCCGAGCAUGAUCGUGGGGGGCACUUUGCAGCUCAUGAAAUGCCGGACCUCCUAGUCGGUGAUUUGAGAACAAUGUUUGGAAAGGAUGGACCAGCGUUUAGUGUCGUUCCAGGCUUCACAGGAUAUUAA